CUGUUCCGCACCGCGUUGUUUGACCCACCAGCAGAACAUCCUGAAUACCUCGGCUGCGUCGACGAUCAAGACCCCUCUCUUGCCCAGCAUGACGACGAAGGAAGAGAUCCAUGUCUCCAUCCACGGGAUAAAGGAGUUUCCAGACGGCUACGACGAGCCUCGCGGACAUGGUCCACGGUAUUCGCAGACGGAAUCCCCUGCAGAAAUGGGGUCUAUGAAGCGGCCACCGGCGCACUCGGCUAUUCAAAUGAUGCAGAAGCUCCCUUCAAGCGUGUUGGGCUUCUCCUUCACAUGCAAUUCGUUCUUUGCCCGUCGGCUCUUUGUGAGUGGAUUCACGAUCGUCGUGAUCGACGUUAGUGCGUUGGUCCUGCUCUACUUCUUUCGGGACAGGAAGUACCGCAUGUGGAGAAACGACAACGAUUUCCAGUGCGACCGAUGGGUCAGCUUUGCUGCGUUUUCGUACUGGUGUGGCGCCGCGGUCUUCUUCCUCACCCUUCCGGCCACGGGCAUCCGCAUGUUUGAACUGUUCACUCGGAAAAAGCCGAGCGACCUGUCGGACAAAAAGUUCAAGGUCACGCGCACGUGGUACCUUCAGUUUUGCGAGGUGUUGGCAGUGUUCUUGGUCGUGUACAUGGUGUGCCUCACGCUGGGCUGCAUUGGCUACCUCAUCAACAACCAAUUCCGGUGCUACCGAGUCUUGGACAUUGCAUAUGCAUGCGCGGCGAUCGUCGUGUUUUGCAGCCAGUUUGCUUUCAUUUCGCAUUUUACGCAGUUCCGCGAACACAUCAAGAUGCAACUCGGCGCGUUCCGCGAGUCCAACCAGACGGGGGAUAUCCGCGCCCAUUGGGGCACCAAACGGGCGAAAACGUCGGUGCAGCACAUCCGCAAACAGCUAUACAAGGCCGUCGAGCACGGCAACCUGGACGACGUCCAGGCGUUGCUAGACGAAGCCGCGCUGUUGCUCGGCAACGCGUUCGCCCAGCACAUGUACCCGUCGGCCAAGCUCGUGUUGGGGUACUUUGCCGUGUCCGAGAAGAACCCGGUGCAUGUGGCGGCGUCCAUGGGCAACAUCCCCGCGCUUCGACUGCUUUUCGCCGCUGGCUUUGACGUAAAUGCCCUAGACAAAGUGUCCCGAGUCCGCAUCAGCACGUCUGACCUGUUUUGGUUCUUCAUUCGGUACGUCGUGGAGCAACCCGUGAGCUCGGUGGACCAGCACAAACACAAGCGCCUGACGCUGCUCACGCCGCUGCACUGCGCCGUUGCCACGUCACAGAUCGACACGGUUCGGUUUCUAGUCGACGAAAUGCACGCGGCUGUGGACACACUGGCCGUGUCGCCCAGUGCCGCCGACCGCAUCCCGCCGCUGUUUUACGCUGAACACCCCAAUAUUGUCGAGAUUUUGCUCUCGGCGGGCGCCAACUUGCUCAUGGUUCCAGGCUCCGGGACGUCGAAUUGCAUCACAGCGUUAGAGGUAGCGUACCUUCGUGAAAACUACUCAGUCUGCGCGGCACUGGAAGACUGGGGCGGCGACGUCGCGCUAACUCCCAUGCAUCGCUACGCUGCACUGGGCCACGACACCAAGGUGCAAAAGUACUUGAAGAUGAAGGUGGACCCCGACUGCCUCGGCGAACACGGGUACAUUGGCGUCAACAUCCGCACGCCCAUGCACUGGGCCGCCAUCAACGGACAGGCGUCGACGGUGGACGUGCUCAUCCAGGGCGGCGCCGAUCCCAAUUUCCAGGACGCCCGCGGCCGCAGUCCGCUGCAUUGGGCCGUGCGCAAUAACAAAGUGGACGCUGUCCAAGUGCUGCUGGUCAACGGCGCAGACGCCAACCUCCAAGACGUGAAAGGGAUGACGCCAGUGAUUUGUGCAGCGUUUGCUGAACGUGUGCACCCAGACUUGUUGCGGGCGCUGGUGGAAUUCGGAGGUGACAUCAAUUUCCAGCUCAAGUCCAGCGGCGACACGGCGUUGCACAUUGCGAUCAAGCAUGAAAAGCAAGACACGGCCACUGCCUUGGUGGGCUGCGGUGCCAGCAUCAUGGCCACCAACCACGCCGGCUUUCGCGCCAUCGACAUUGCGACGUCCACGGCGCUGCAGUUUGCCAUCAAAAGCGCCGCGGGCCAUCGCGACGUGAUGAUCAGCUACACGCAUUCGCAUGCCCAAGUGGCGCUCAAGCUUCGGCAGAGCCUCGAAGCAGUCAAUAUCACGGCAUGGCUCGACACGAUGGACCCGUCGGGCAUCGGGGGGGGGUCGGUGUGGCGGGAAGAGAUCGCCAAGGGCAUCUCAAAUGCGACGCUGUUGGUGGCCAUCAUCACAGAAGACUACACGCGGUCUGAGUGGUGCUUGAAGGAGCUCGCGACUGCCAAACAGGUGGGCACGCCGGUGCUGCCCAUCUCUACCGAGAACGUUCGGUUGAAUGAGGAGCUCCAAGUGUACCUGUACACGCGUCAGAUUGUUCCAUUUGAGCCGGCGAUUACCCACAUUGACAACACCAAUCCAAGAAAUAUCACGUACGAGUACAACGAAGCCAAGUACAACGUGCAAUUCCGCCUGCUCUUGGAUGGCAUUCGAGACGAAAUUGAGAAAAAGCGCAAGAAAACCGCCCACCUCCGCUCGCAACUGACCAUGCUGUCACCGACCGGGUCCAACACGUCGAGCUUCUUUGCGAGUCCCCGCGCCAGCCCGAGUCCGGCGCAGGGCCUCCUCGACCGCAAGUUUGUCUUCUUGGCGCACGGCGACUGCCACCGUUCGUUUUCACGACGGCUGUACAUUGAAUUGACUAAACACAAGCAGCUGGAAUGCUAUUUGGAUCUGAAAACCAGCCAAGAGAUGAGUGUGCGUGUGCAUGCAGCCAAGGACGCGAUAUUACGAUGCUCGGCGGUGAUUGUGAUUUUGUCGGCCAAAUCCGCCAAGUCGGAGCUAUUGAACGACCAGUUGGCGUUUGCCGAAGACAAAGGCAAACCCAUCUUCCCCGUGAUCCUGCACUCGGACUUUACGCUCCCCCCCAGCCAAAUGUACUCGCUGUCGCGGACGACCCUACACCACUUUGCCGUCGAUAUGGGGUUUGCACCAUCGUUUGAGUACCUAUGGACUUCUCUCAAGUCGCGGGUCGGGCUCGGGGCCAUCGAAGAAGCGGACGAAGAGUUAAAUUUGCUAUCGUCGUCGUCGCGUGUGGUCAAUGGAGGCAUGGUGUAGCGGAUUGAUAUAUAUAUAUACUAUAUGAAUAAAAAAUACAGUACACUUUUG